CGGCCGCCCGCUCCGGCUCCAGGCGAGGACAUACAGUGGCCUCCGGAGGGAGAGUGAGCCGAAGUUCUUCUGCUCGAGCUACCAUGGAAAAAUACCAGAUUUUGUACCAGCUGAGUCCUGGGGCCUUAGGGGUGAACCUGGUGGUGAAGGAACUGGCCACUGAAGCCAAGCUCGUGAUAAAGCAGGUGGAAUGCCUUGAUGAGCAUCAUACCAAUGAGGCCCUGGAGGAGCUCAGGCCUCUGCUAAAGCUUCAGCACGCCCACAUCUCCCUGUACCAGGAGCUGUUCAUCACGUGGAACAGUGAGGUCUCCUCUCUGUCCCUCUGUCUGGUGAUGGAGUACAGCCAGGGUAGCCUCCAGAUGGUCAUUCAGAGUAAGAGGGAAGAGAAGGCAGAGAUGGAUCCAAAGUGGAUGCAGGAGAUCCUGGGUCAGAUGUUGGACGCUCUGGAGUACUUGCACCAGCUGAGCAUCAUCCACAGGAAUCUCAAGCCUUCUAACAUCAGCCUGGUCAGUAAAAACCACUGCAAACUCCAGGACCUGAGCUCCAACGCACUGAUGACCCACAGAGCCAAGUGGAAUGUCCGUGCGGAGGAAGACCCCUUUCAAAAGUCCUGGAUGGCCCCUGAAGCCCUGGACUUCACCUUCAGCCAGAUGUCUGACGUCUGGUCCCUGGGCUGCAUCAUGCUCGACAUGGCCAGCUGCUCCUUCCUGAAUGCUACAGAAGCCAUGUACCUGCGGAAGUCCCUCCGCCAGAACUCUGGCAGCCUGAAAGCCAUCCUGAAGACCAUGGAGGAGAAACACAUCCCAGAUGUAGAAACCUUCUCUUCCCUCCUGCCCUUAAUGUUGCAGAUCAACCCCUUGGAUCGAAUAACAAUCAAGGAUGUGGUUCGUAUGACCUUUGUGAGUGGCUCAUUCAAGUCCUCAUGUGUGGCCAUGACCCUGCACCAGCAGGUGGUGCCCGAGAUCAUCACCAACAUACUGUUAGAAGGCAACGUCACCAGCAUCUUAGAGGCCAUGGAGAACUUCCCCAGCCGUCCUGAAGUUCAGCUCAAGGCCAUGAAGAGGCUUUUGCAGAUACCUGAGGACCAGCUAGGGCUGCCGUGGCCCAUGGGGCUGGUGGAGGUGGUGGUCACCGCUAUGAAGCUGCAUGAGAGGAUCCUCGACCUGCAGCUUUGUGCCUGCUCCCUGCUACUGCGCAUCCUGAGCCAUGUGCUGGUGCAGGACGCAGAAGCCCAGGUGCCAUGGGAUAUCUCCAUCAUCUGCUCCCUGCUGAGCAUCAUGAGGAGCCACUCAGACUCGGAGCAGCUCAUCACCCAGGGCUACAGCCUGCUCACCAUAAUCUCUAGCCAGGUGCAGGUCUCUGAGGAACUACAGAAGGCGGGGCUGUUUGAGCUCAUCCUGGAGCACCUGUACAGAUUCUCCAAGGACAGGGACAUCUGCUUCAGUGCCUUGGGCCUGCUCUGGUCCCUCCUGGUGGAUGCUGUCAUUGUGAACAAAGACCCUGUGGUGAAGAUCCCAGCCCUGGUCAUCCAGGUGCUGGACACCCACCCCACAGAUGCAGAAAUAGCUGAGGCAGGCUGUGCGGUGUUCUGGCUGCUGUCCUUGCUGGGCUGUAUGAGUGAGUGGCAAUUUGAGAAGGUGGUGGAGCUGCUUUUGCAAAGCAUCCGGCUGAGCCAGGAAAGAGUCCUGCUGGUGAAUAAUGCCUACCGAGGGCUGGCCAGCCUCGCCAAGGUGUCAGAGCUGGCAGCCUUCCGGGUGGUGAUGCCACAGGAUGGUGGCAGUGGCCUCACCCUCCUGCAGGAGACCUAUCAGCUGUACAAGGAUGACCCUGAGGUGGUGGAGAACCUCUGCAUGCUGCUGGCCCACCUUUCCUCCUACAAGGAAAUCCUGCCAGAGCUGGAGUCCAGUGGCAUCAGGGCUUUGGUCAGAGAGAUCCAGGGGCGCUUCACCUCCAGCCUGGAGCUGGUCUCUUAUGCAGAGAAAGCGUCCCUGAGUCUGGAGGCUGCACUGCACAGCUCCCAGGAAAGGAAGCUGUGUGGAGCUGCUGUCAGGGAGGAAGCAGCUGCUCCUAAGGUCCCCUUUCUCCCGGAAGGCCGCCCCCACCUGCCCUGA